GUUGAGGGGAGCGUCCAUGGACCUCCUGAGUGGGACUGGUGGCUGGCCAAACAAGAGCUGGCUGCACCUGGACCAGAGACAUCAGGGGCAUCCCAGUGUAGCACUGUGCUGCAGGAGGACGUUGGAAGGGGUCCCUAGACAGGGCCCAGACCUUAGAAGUGUGAGGCAUGUCUACCCAGGGCACACCUAUGCCAGUCACCUUGCCAGCAGGUGGCGCUGACGACGACUCCUCCCUGCAACAGUCACACACGGCAAGCCUAGCCUGUGAUAGCUGCAGCCUAGGCUGCCCCAGCUGCCCUGGGUCCUGCCAUUGGGGUAGACACUUAAGUCCCUGGGGCUCAUGCCCCAGGAGGUGGCUUUAUGGGCAGAUGCAGCCUACAUCUUCAGAGCCUGCACGUCCCAUUUGUGCCGAGACCACCUGGGGCUCUUCCUCAGUUGCAGCUGCUGAGUGAGAAGGUUGGGUGGGGUCCCAGGAAUCCGAGAGCCCUGCUUGAAGUAUUAUGGCUUGGAGAUCUGAGGGGUCCCCACAACUCCCCCAUAUGCCCACACAUGCCCCUAGUGGGUUCUGCUCAACACCAUGUGGGCUCAUGGGCUCUGAAAACUCUAGCUGGAGCUGGGCUUCUGGGCUAGCCUGCAUUCUGUCAUUCAGUAAACACAACACUGAUUGAAUGGAUAGGAUCUGCCCCCUGGCAUGGCAGUGAACCUGAGACUGAUAAAUGCUGCGAAGAGGAACUGUCAUGGAGGCAGCCUGGGGAGUGUCUUAAUGGGCAGGGGUGGGAGUGUCCAGGUACUGGGAGUCUCAACAGCAGAGCCCAGGCUGGAAUGAUGUAUGCCACCCUGUCUCCCCUCCAUGGACACAGCCCAGAGCAGGGCAAAGGGGUGACAUUCCCAUGCAUGGAGGCUGCCCAGGAGUCCCCGGGCUUGAGCACAAGAGUAGCUCUAGGGAGCCAAAGUUUCCAUGGAUAGGGACCCUAGGCAUUAGUCCCAGGCACCUUGCCAUCCAGGUAAAGGUCACCCCUUAAUUGAAUUCUCAGUGACUGGGAGGCUUGCCAGACUCAGCCCACGGACUUUGCUCCCAGGCAAGUGGAGAGUUGGAAGAGAUGGCCUCUGAAUUCAGUGUGCUUGUGUAGGUGGCUCAUUGCAGACACGGAUGCAAGGCCAGGUUGCUGGACAGCUAGACCAGACACCCCUGGUCCUGCAGGGGAUCAGCCCAGCAAGGACCCUGGGCAGAGAAGACGCGCCACUGCAGAAGAGACGGGCGCCCAGGAGGCCGCGCCGGGGUACAGGCGCCGCUGCUAUGGACAUCCCGCCGCUUGCCGGCAAGACCGCCGCUCUGUCGCUCGGCGCCCUCCCCUUGUCCUAUGCGCUCAACUACGUCUCGGCGCUCUCGCACCCCCUGGGGGUGGCAUUGAUGAGUGCCCUGAUCCUGGGUCUGCUUUUCUUGGCUAUCUACAACUUGUCUCCUGGUGAUAUCUACUAUGACCCACUCUAUGCUGUGUUCACUAUCUUCGCCUUCACCUCGGUGGUGGACCUCCUUAUUGCUCUCCAGGAAGAUGGCUACAUGGUGGGCUUCAUGGAGUUCAUUACCAAGGAGGGAGAGCCAUACUUGCGCACUGCCCAUGGAGUCUUCAUCUGCUACUGGGAUGGCACCGUUCACUACCUCCUCUACCUGGCCAUGGCUGGCGCCAUCCACAGAAGGAAGAGAUACCGGAACCUUGGACUGUACUGGCUGGGAUCUUUCAUCAUGAGCAUUCUGGUAUUUCUUCCAGGAAACAUCCUUGGUAAAUACAGCUCAGAGAUCAGACCUGCCUUCUUCCUGGCCAUCCCCUAUAUGCUGGUCCCAUGCUGGGCUGGCCUGAGGGUCUUCAGCCAGUCCCGGGCACCAACCAGCUGUAUCCCUCACAUGGUACAGGAGGAGCAAAGAAAGGGCCUCCUGCGACGCCCGGUUGACCUGGUCCUUGUCAUAUACCUCACCCUUGCUGGGUUCUUCACCCUCUUCCGGGGCCUGGUGGUGCUUGACUGCCCCACAGAUGCCUGCUUUAUCUACAUCUAUCAGUAUGAGCCAUACCUACGGGACCCCGUGGCCUAUCCGAAGGUGCAGAUGCUGGUGUAUAUGUUCUAUGUGCUGCCCUUCUAUGGCCUGGCUGUCUAUGCCCUCAUUGUCCCUGGCUGUUCUUGGCUGCCUGACUGGGCCUUGGUGUUUGCUGGAGCUGUUGGCCAGGCCCCUGACAUCCACCCUCCCUGUGUGGCCACUAGGCACAGUUCUCGCACAUGGGUGCCUCCAUGCACCUGCGCACGCCCUUCACCUACCGUGUGCCUGAUGACGCCUGGGCCUGCUUCUUCGGGUGCAACCUGCUGUAUGCGCUGGGCCCCCACCUGCUGGCCUUCCGCUGCCUUCAGUGGCCCGCCUUCUUCCUGCGCCCUCCCCCUGGCCCCCCGGCCCACCACAAGAAGCAGCACUGAGAGGGCUGGGGACUCCCCAGGACUCUGUUUACAUGCCUAGCAAGCCCUGCUUGGGGAAGGGUGGGCUGGGUUGUUUAGAGGCAGAAAGUACAUCUCCAGGUGCCUUUGGUCCUGGCCAUGGUGGUUUCAGGCCAAUGGACAGGAUGGGAGGCCCAAGGGCCAAGUGUUCCCACAGAGCGGGCCACAGACAUGCUCAGCUGUCAUGGUACCCCAAUCCCACAGGACACUUCUACUGCCUCCCAGAAUUUACCCAUCAUACCAUACCCCAUGGACCCUUUAGUAAAAAACCUUUUGAUGCCCAAAUAUUGCUGCUGCCUGAGUGUUUCAGGAUUCAGAGGUCAGGGACCUGCUUUUCAGACCCCAUGAGGGCCUACCCAUCACUGCCAGCGUGGCCAUCAGGAGCUGGAGAAGCCGGACAGCAGAAGUCUGCCUCUGGUUGGUAUGCACAGCUCCAUCUUCCAGAUGGGGAAAACUGAGGCUCAGAGAGGUCAAACUCUGUCUGAGUUCACAAUCAGUAGAGAAGCAUCUGAAACCUAAGUUCUGACAAUAAAUUAUAAUUACUAGUA